AUGCAAUCCGAACAAAUAAAUGAAAAAGCACCAAUUGUACCGAUGCAACCAUUACAAUCAACAACUAAACAAGAGUACGCACCAACUAUUACUAUAACAAAAACAAGAAGAACACUUCUUAUUCUUCUGGGAAUUCAUAUGGUUUUGGCAUUGUUCUAUUUUAUUGAACGCAUUGUUGUUCUGGCUAAAUAUCAUAAUGUGCACAAGGAUGCGCGCAAUCCUAACGUACCCACUUCAAAUAUUGGCAAUGUAAUUUCUGGUGCUAUUUUGAUAGUUUUUUUAAUUCUUUACAUUGUUAUGGUGGUUAAAUAUGUUCGAAUUGGUAUUCUUAUUUUUGCAUGGUUGGGUAUCCUUGAAUUAGUGGGUCUUGUCAUUCUCAUCAUUUUUGCAAUUGUCGCAAUAGCUACUUUUUCAGCUGUAUUACAUGAUACUGCCGUUGAACUUGCUUUUAGUGUGACUCUUCUUAUUAUAGCAGUUCUUACAUUUAUUUUUACAAUGCUGACAGUUAUCUUUUCAUUUAAAUUGGCCAAAUUAAUUAAAAUCCAACACAAUUAUCAACACAUCUAA